AUGGACAGUUUUGGGAAUUUGAGUAUAGGAGACAAUUUCACUAGCGGGAUGGAGCACGGUGAUGAGGAGCUGGUGGGCCUUUCCAACCUAAGCAUAUCGAAAAAUGGACCAACAUUAUCUCCACAACUCAUCAACCGGUUCAUGCCCCAUUUCCCUUCAAGCCCAUCGCCUCUACGAAAUGCAUUGGAUUUUAGUGUAAGUAAAGGCGAUGAGGAAGAGAAUGACCUAAUGGAGAUAGACGAAGUUGACGAUACGAGUUUCGGAGAGGUUUACGACAGGGAGCCCACUGAAGCAAUUAUUGAAGUGGAUGAGAGGUCCAUAGUGGAAGAAAUCGAAGUCACGCCUGAAGACAAACAAAAGCAAGAAAACAGUGAAAGUCAGAACCAACACCAAGAGGGGGAGAGAAAUAUUGUUUCACCACACCAUGCAACUGUCAUAAAGGCACUAUUGUCACCGACAGAUUUAGGCGUAGCGGCGGCUACCAAAGUAGAAAGUAUUGUACCAUUGCCACAGGCUAACCCAGACAACAAUCAAGAUUCAAAGAGCAACCUAGAAAUUGGUAAUGAAAAUGAAAGCGAGCAGAAUGACGAAGUUGAGGAUGAACUCAACCUACAAACAGGUAAUGAUAAAUCAAGAACAUUUACAAAUGCGUUCGAUUCCGAGAUAAUCAAAAGGGAAUUGAGAUCAAGAUCAAAAUAUCAACCGAUUCAAGUUUCAUUUAAUACACACAAUUACUUUUAUUCCGAUAAAGAGGGCGUGAAAACAUAUUCUCUUACAAAACCAAAUGACAACGGAAUAGAUGACUUUUAUGACCGGAACGAAGCUUUCAAAUUGCCCAAGCCGUGGUCACCCAAUUCGCAUCCGACAUCGAGAGCAUCAUACGCCUUGAUGUCAUAUUUACAGUUAUUUCUCAAUGCGAUUACUACGAUUGUAAUUUUCAGUUUUAUACUAUCAUUCAUCUUAACACUACAGAAGGACUUGAAAUCCACAUGGGAACAAAGAAAACACGAAUUACAGUACGAAUCCGAAAAUUGUCAAGAACAAUACAUCACAAACCGUUGUAAUCAAACGCCGGGUUUACCGGCUUUGGACCAACAGUGCGCAGAAUGGAAACAAUGCAUGAACAGAAACAACGACAUAUUUUUCCGUGCAAGAACAACAUUGAGCGCACAGCUGUUUGGAGACAUCAUCAAUUCGUUUAUAGAUCCAUUAAAUUGGAAAACACUAUUUGUCAUAUUUUGCGGCAUCAUAACUUGGUGUUUUAGUUCAAAUUUUUUACUCGGAUUCGUGCGAGCUAAGAGCUACUACGGCGAUGGCAUCAAAAGAUAUCCCGUGUCACCUCCACUAACAUCAUCGUCUGAGGCAUCUUCCAAAGAGGGCUCUCGCUUACUCAAGCAGUAA